GUUCAUGUUUAGACCCUCUGGGUUAGCCUCACUUUACCCACUGUACCCACGUGGAUUGUUUUGGAGUGAAAGUGAUUAAUAUGUGCAGUGUUCAAGAUGGUGGAGAUACAUUGCUUAAAGAAGAAGCUACAUCUACUUCAAGUGAAGGGCGGAAUUGUAUGAAGUGUGGUUCUCCCGCUGUGGCCAAUGCUCGGACGAAGGAUCCUUUCUGCAAAGUUUGCUUCAACAACUAUUUUAUUCAUCGCUUCAGAGCCACUUUUGGCAAAUCAAGACUGGUGUCGACAGGAGAAAAAGUGUUGCUGGCAUUCUCUGGAGGUCAGAAUUCACGUGUUAUGCUUGCCCUUUCUGAAGAGGGUCUGAGUCAUCAGGUACACAAAAAGCUCCGUUUUGUGCCUACAGUCAUCUAUGUGGAUGAGGGUGCAUUGCUGGGACUUUCAUGUGAGGAGAGGUGCCACAUAAUAGGGGAGGUGUUGAGCAUAGCAGUGCAGUCGGGCUUCUCAGUUCUCUUUACACAGCUCGAACAGGUGUAUGGGUCAUAUGAAGUGUACGAUGUUGACUUGCUUGGAUGCCCCACGAGUAAAGAUUCAAGUACUGCUGCACCUAGAGAGCAUUCAGCAAUGGUGAGCAGUGGCACCUCAAAUGUCACUGAAGGAAAUCAUGCCACAGAGAUUACAGACUCUCGAAAACACUUUCAUCAAUGUAUCAUGGAUUUCAUGAGUAAGAGGAGAAACUUAUCACUUGAAACUAAACUGAAAGAGAUGUUUGAUAGCACAAAAACUCAAACGGCAAAAGAGAAUUUUGUGCUGUCCCUAAGGCAGCGUUUACUAUCUGAGGUAGCAAAGAAAGGAGGUUUCCGUAAAGUGCUUAUUGGAGUAAAUGCUACCCAGUUGGCUGUGAGGUUGCUAAGCAACGUAGCACAAGGCCGUGGGGCUACUCUCCCAUUGGAUGUUGGUUUUGCUGACAACAGAGCACGUGAUGUAAUGAUUCUAAGACCAAUAAGGGAAUUUCCAAGCACUGAAAUUGCUACCUAUGCUACUCUGAAUCAACUCAAUACUGUUUCCCUACCCUCCUUAACUGAUAAGUCUACUGACACGAGCAGCAUUGAUCACUUGACCACAACUUUCAUUAACGGCCUCCAAGCCAAUUUCCCCUCCACUGUCAGCACGGUUUUCAGAACUGGAGAUAAAUUAAUGGUCGAAGCUUCAGCUGAGUCUACAAAUUGGCCCAGCUGUGCACUUUGUCAGGCUCCACUCACUCAUACUGCGGACUCUUCUGUUUUCUCACACCUGGCUCCUAGUGAACCCAAACAAGAGUUUUGGAAGAAUCUCUGUUAUGGUUGCAGACUUACUAUUAAAGAUACGGACAGUGAUGUUGACACUCUCCCUCCCUUUGUGGCAACAUAAAUAUCUAAGGAGGUGGAACAUACAAACCAACCUUUAUCUGUCAAUAUUUUGUUAAAGUUUUUUUCUUGUCAAUAUAGCAUGUCCCACUGUUGUUUAUCAUUACUUAACUUUUCUAUAUAAUUUUAGAUCAUGUUUGCCAUAAAUACUGCAAUUUGAUUGGCUAAAUGAAGUGUUCUAUCCAACUUAGAAAAUCAUGUACUUACUUAGAAAAUCAUGUACUUCACUUAGAAAAUCAUGUAGCAAAGAUUAGAUAAGAACAUUCAAAUC